AGUCGCUCGAAACAGAAUGGGUUGCACAGGGAAUGUUUGCUCGGCUUUCUUGCUAUGAGUAGUUUCAUGUGAUCUAAUCUCCCUGGUGUUUGCUCUCUGCCUGCUGUGAGCCGGUCGCUUGAGAAUCGGCGUGAAAGGUGGACUGAUGAUAAGACAGUUUGCAAGUUAUUUUGGCCGGGAAAAUAAUUGAGGAUCUUCAUUCCGAUCACGGCAGAACAUGUCGGCGAAUAUCUUCUUGUUGCAUAGUUGCGUUCCAUGGUUCUUCAACGAUCAAAGGUGGACGGCGAAUUCCCCCGGAGUCGGCAGCGUCAUUGACUUGGAUGACUAAGUCCCGCCAAGACCAGACUUAGAUCUAAUCUAAUAUCCGAGAUCAAAGAUACCUCCGAACCAUCUCCAUAGCAAAGGACAGCUUACGUCUCACAGCCAGCUCCAGCAUUGGCGUGAAGCUUCACGACCAACACAACACAAUCACAACAAUGAGGUUCCUAAGCACCACGAUAACCUCUUUCCUGCUCUCGAGCGCAUGCCUAGUGUCUGCCGCAUCAUCAUGGGGAUUUGAAGAUGCCACAUUGACUGUGCAGACCAAAGGUGCGGGCGUCGGCGCAGGCGUUAAGGAAAAGCUUAGCUCCAGUGCCCCUCUUGCGAAAUCCGUAAAAUUGGGCGCGACCGAUACUUUGAAGCUCCUUAUCACCACCACCGAUGGCAAGAAAGCGAAGCAGCCUCACCAGGCAUUCCUAACAUUGACCGACCCCACAACCGGUGUUGAGGAGUCUUUCGUCUUCAGCGUCAAGGAGAGCGGGAAAGGCAAGGUCGAUUUGACCCAGAAGGAUCUCCCCUUCCAGUUCCUCACUUCCUCAAAGCCAAUCCCCGCCUCCAUCGUUAUUGGCUCAUUCGGCAGCUCAACUCCCUACCAAGCCAGAGUUUUCGAUUUGAACAUCGCUCGCGAUCCUAACGUACCUCUUGCCGUCCCCGCCGCGCCUGAACGCUACACUGCGGAGAACGAGAUCCACCACAUCUUCCGCGAUGAUCCAAAAUCUCCCCCCAAGAUCAUCACCUUGGUCUUCACUGCCGCCGUGCUCGCUGCUGUCCCCAUUCUCCUCGGUGUAUGGGCAACUCUCGGUGCCAAUCUGAACCACCUCAGCAAGGCCUUCAGCAACGCUCCCAUCUCCCACGCGCUAUUCUUCGGCUCCAUCCUCGCCAUGGAGGGCAUUUUCUUCUUGUACUAUACCACUUGGAACCUCUUUCAGACCCUGCCCGCCGCAGGUGUCGUUGGGCUCGUCGCUUUCUUGAGCGGAAGCCGCGCUUUGACCGAGGUGCAGGAGCGUCGUUUGGCUGGACUGCGUUGAAGCGCGCGAGUCGAUUUAGGAGAAGCAAUGUCAUGACAGAAGAAGCGUAUGUGCAUGUAUAUGUGAAGCAUUAGUUGCCAUAUCAAUGGACACAUCCAAAAGUUCUUGCAAAUCAUGGUAGAGCGAAGCUGCGGUGUUGGAGGCCACGGGAAAGAAUCCGAAUGACUAGAGUCGUCAUUCCACGAAGAUAUGUAUUCAUAGCAAAAACAUGAGAGAAGAAAACUCGCGAGGCCGAGAAAGAAAUAUAUACUCGAUGUGACGCGA